GCAAGUCUCGCCCUUUUCUCAUCUCUCUCUCUCUCUCUCUCUCUCUCUCUCUCUCCGCCGUCGCAACUCAUAAAAAACCACGCCCUUAAACACCCCCCCCCCUCCCUCCAACAAACAAAAUGCCUCUCGACACGUCUACGACAUACCCGCUCACCAAACUACGCCUGGAUGGCCGACGCUGGAACGAGCUGCGGCUCCUUCAGGCGCAGAUUUCCACCAACCCCGCCAGUUCCGGCUCGUCAUACCUGGCCAUGGGCAACACGGCGAUCAUCUGCUCGGUCCACGGGCCCGCGGAGGGCCGUCGCGGGGAUGUCUCUGGCGGGUCGGCGGGCUCGUCCGGGGCGGUCGUGGAGGUGGACGUGAACGUCGCCGGGUUCGCGGGGGUGGAUCGGAAACGCCGUGCGGGUGGAAGUGACAAACAAUCCUCCCGCAUCGGGACCAUCCUCCGCUCCGCCUUCCAGUCCCACCUGCACACCUACCUCUACCCGCACAGCACGAUCAGCAUCCACGUCUCGGUGCUGUCGGCGGACGGCUCCCUGCUGGCGGCGGCCGUCAACGCGUGCACGCUGGCGCUCGUCGACGCCGGCAUCCCCAUGCCGGGGCUGCUGUGCGCCUGCACGGCCGGCAUGAGCGGCAGCGCGUCCACGCCCCGCGACCCCACCAACGACUUCCUGGACCCCCUGCUGGAUCUGUCCCUGCCGGAGGAGCAGGAGCUGCCGUUCCUGACGGUGGGGACAACGACGACGGUGCCGGUCGGCGAGGCGGCGAUGAUCCACGAUGACGAGGACGAGAUGAAGGUGUCGAUGCUGACGAUGGACUCCAAGGUGCAUUGCUCGUAUGUGGAGACCAUGCUGGCGGUGGGCAUCGACGGGUGUAAGCAGAUCCGGGAGAUUCUGGAGGGGGUGAUUAAGAAGUCAGCUCGUCGGUGAUUCUUUUUUUUUUUUUUUCGGUGUUUGGUUUGUUGCAAUG